UAUGCGUCGCUUUUACGCAGCCCCAUCGAAUCUAAACAAAAAGAGAAACUGCGAUCAAUCAGCGGCAGAUCUGCGUCUCUCCAGUUCCGUGCUGCAGUUCCGAGCCCAUCAGGAUCACCCCAAACCCCCAACACAAAUCCACAGGCGUGUGAGAGCUGAUAAAGGUGGUGGUUUACCGGAGCCUGGUCCGGAAUAGCGCAUGUUCGGUUCGGGGCCAGGAAGCGAUGAGGGGGGAAAUGACCAUCAUGGUCAUCUAACGACCCAAAGAGCAUCAGAACCACACAAAGAAAGAGCAUUUCCUCUGGUUAUAGACAGAGAAACGGGACCGACCCGGUUCGGUUGGAGGGUGGGAUUAGCUUUAGCUUUAGCAUGACUGCAGGGAUGCGCUGAUUCGGAUCCAUUUCAUCCUCAUUUCACAGGCUAGUGGAUGUCACGUCCGUCUUCAUGGAUUUUUCUCAGAUGACACAUCUGUUCACUGCACAGGGACCUGGGGCAUGGUGACUGCUGUCCAUCAGCCAGAACAGCGGCGUCUAGCGCGAGCCGUCUGGUCCUGAAGGAAGACGUCUAGGUGACGACACGGACAGGAGGACGAAUCCAGGACAGAGAUCGAGAGAGACAUGGGGCAGUGUGUGACUAAAUGUAAAAACCCCACGUCCUCUCUAGGCAGCAAAAGUGGAGAAAAGGAUUCUGGUAAAUCUCACGGAAAGAAGGGUGGUGGCGGUACGGGGGGCGUGCACAAGGAGGAUGCUUCCGCCAAGUCCUCCGCUGACAUCAUAUUCAACGGCACCAAAGUGUCAGAGGUCACCGUGGAUGGCAGCAUGGCUCCACCCACAUCGGUGGGUGACGUGCCGCGGGAGCUGCCCGCACUGGAUGGGGAAGGCGUGUCGCUCGCACGGAUUGAGGAGAUGUUCUUGCAUUAUAAGGACGAAUAUGAAGAUGCCAUCUUGGAGGAGGGAAUGGAACGGUUUUGCGAUGAUCUGUGUGUCGAUCCAGCCGAGUUUAAAGUGCUGGUGCUGGCAUGGAAGUUCCAGGCUGCUACAAUGUGCAAGUUUACAAGGAAGGAGUUUGUCGACGGCUGUAAGGCAAUCCAAGCCGACAGUAUACCGGGGAUCUGCUCGCGUUUCUCUGUGCUGCUCGAGGAGUCUCGUGGUGAAGAGAGCUUCAAAGAUCUCUACCGUUUCACGUUUCAGUUCGGUCUGGACGCCGAGCAGGGCCAGCGCUCGCUGCAGCGGUCCAUCGCCAUCGCGCUGUGGCGGCUCGUCUUCACACUGGACACGCCCCCAGUGCUGGAGCGCUGGCUGGACUUUCUGUCGGAGAACCCGUGCGCCGUGCGCGGCAUCUCUCGCGACACCUGGAACAUGUUUCUGAACUUCACGCAGAGCGUCGGCCAGGACCUCAGCAACUACAGCGAAGACGAGGCCUGGCCCAGCCUGUUCGACUCGUUCGUGGACUGGGAAACGGAGAGACGCAGGAGAGAACGAGUGGACGCCACAGAGACAGAGUCCACCACGGACUGUGUAGGUGCCUCGAUGUGGGCGACAACUUGAGGGUUUUUGUUUUUUGGGAUGGGCGGUGAAUUCUGGACUAUGACGUGCGGAGAUGUUUCUGAGCCCGUCACUCUCCAUCCAAAUUUGUGAAUUAUUAUAAUGACGUUUUUGGUCUUAUUGCAUUGGGAAUCCCAGUGCGCUCUCUUGACUUUUGUUUAAAUGAAAGGGCUCCAAACUAAUUGUUUUUUUAAGCACUUUUAUUUAAUUUAUUGUUUUAUUUUUUUGCUAUUGGUAAUUUAAAGGGAUAGUCCACUCAAAGAUGAAAAUUCUGUCAUCAUUUACUCGCUCUUAUCUCGUUCCAAAUUACUUGAAUUUCUUACGUAGUCCUUUUUCCGUGGCUCCAAAAUGACAAAAAAAAAUAAAAAGCAGCAUAAAAGUAGUCCAUAGGGUUCAUACAUAGUUAUACUAUGUUCACUAUAUUCCAAA